UUUUUGCGACAGUUGGUGGAAGCACAUUCAACGGCAGUGUCAUGGCGACGUACGGGGGCAGUUUUGAAAGUGUUAACAGCAUCGAAGACCGAAAAGAAUACAAACGUAAAGCCAGGGAGGAGGUUAUUCAGAAGGCGAAGCAGCAGUAUGAGAAGGACGAGAAGAGGAAGGAGCUGAAGAGACAGAGAGGAGAGGACACCUGGAUGCUCCCUGAAGUUGACCUCCGACUGCAGCAGCUAGAACAGGAGGUUUCAGGCAAGAAGAAGAAAGAGAAAAAGGCCAAGAAGAGUAAGAAGAGUAAGAAGAAGAAGGAGAAGAAGAGAGCUGAAGGAGGAGAUGGGUCCAGCUCAGAGGGGUCAGGAGAUGAGUGGGUUGAGGCCCAGCCCCAGACAGAGGCCUCGGGUAAAGCCUGGAAGAUUCCUGCCAAGUCCGAGGCCAAGCCCACAGACAACAGCCCUACCCCACCCGAGAACAACCAGCGAGAUGAGUGGAUGACCUUUGACUUCUUGGCAAUGAGAACAACGUCAACAGCAGAGAAGAGGGCUGAGAAAGAAAGGCUGAAAGAUGAAGAGAAACAGAAGGCCCGGGUCAUCGAGCAGGCUGGUCUGCACAAGCUGGAGUUGAACCCGUUCUGGAAGGAUGGAGGGAGUGGCCUGCCCCCAGAAGAGAAGGCCAGUAAUGUGCUUACAAAAGCUGCAACUGUAGAUGAUGGAGGACUAGGUUGGCUCAGGAAGUCUUACCAGAGGAUGAGAGAGCAGGCGGAGCGAGAGCAACGCAGUCUGGAGGUCAUAGUGGCAGAGCGAUAUGGGUCCUUGGAGAAGUUUCAGAAGAGGAUGGAUGAGGCUGAGAUUGCUGUGUAUGGUUACAAGAGAGGAGAGGGGAAAGGGAGAGGAGAGGAAGAGGGGAGAGACCGAGUAAGAUGGAGGAAAGGACAGGAAGAUGGUAUAUGGAGGAAAGGAGAAGUGGGGCUGAAUAGAGAGAGGUGGAGGAGACCAGACAAGGGUAGGGACUUACCUGGAGAGAAAGAGAGGGAUGGAGAAAGAGAUAGUGAAAGAGAUGGAGAGAGGGAAAGAGAUCGUCACCGAGACAGAGAUCGGGAUAGAAACAGAGAAGGAGAUGGAGACAGCGAGAGGGAUGGCGGUAGACCUAGUGACCGGGAUGGAGGUAGACCUAGUGACAAGGAAAGAGAGAGGGCUGGAGGCAGAGAGAGGGAUGGAGGUAGACCCAGUGACCAGGAAAGAGAGAGGGCUGGAGGCAGAGAGAGGGAUGGAGGUAGACCUAGUGACCGGGAUAGAGAGAGGGCUGGAGGUAGACCUAGUGACUGGGAUAGAGAGAGGGCUGGAAGCAGAGAGAGGGGUGGAGGUAGACCUAGUGACUGGGAUAGAGAGAGGGCUGGGGGCAGAGAGAGGGACAGACCCAGGAAGAUGGGUGGGGAUGAGAGCCUUGGCUCUGGGCUUGGCCAGAUUCGGCCACCCCUCUCCCUCGGAGCUCUGAAAAGUCACUUCCUCAAGCCUGUUGAUGACGAUGAUGAUGGAGUGUCAGCACCUGCUCCGGCCCGAGCUUCCAUGGGUUUCCUGAAACCUGGGUCUGACAAUGAGGAGUCGGAUCGGAAGAGCAGCGGUCCGGCCUGGAGCAAGAGCAGCUCCAGACAGAGAUCUGCUUCAGGAAAAUCGGAGCAGGAUAAAGAGAGGGAGUCUGGGAAAACCAUGUCCACUCCUGACCAGGGUCAUAGCAGCAACAGGCCUGCAGUGACAUCAUCCAGGUCUGACAGCAGUAGUGACAGUUUGAGUGAGGAGGAGGAGGAAGAGGUACCGAUCCUCACAGAUGAAGAGAUGAACAAACUGGGGGCCAGGCUGGUGAAGGCAGAGAUUAUGGGUAACACGGCUCUGAUGGAGAAACUGAAGAUCCAGCUGGAAUCAGCCCGUAAAGCCAAGGAGAAUCGUGCCGCACAGCAACCUGGGAAAUCAGACAGGGCUCCAGGUCAAACAGAGGAGGACCAGGAAGUACUUCUCUUCAGAACAGACCAAUCGGGUCGCGCCUGGCCGGUUAAUGCCUCUUCGGAACCCCUGGAGCCCAGAGGAGGACGUAGGAAAAAGAAGGCGAUUGAGACCCACAGGGAUGGGGAGCGUAUGAGAUACUUCCAGGAUGAUGACAGUGUGGGUCUUCAUGAGAUGGUCCGCAGGGAGAAGAUGAGCUCUGCAGAAGACCAGAAUUCCCUCUACGCACGCAUGGCUGGCAAGAUGAUGGGGAAGACAGACGACGACAACUACACCCUGGAUGACAUGUUUGUUUCCAGCGUGGCUCAGAGAGAGGGUGAGGGGCGAGAUGAGGAGAGGAUGAGGAGCAGAGCCAUAGCGGAGCACAGGCGACUGGCCGUUACCAUGGAGAAAUGCCGUCACUGCUUCAGCAACCCUGAGCUCCAGAAACACCUGCUCAUCGCCAUAGGAACCAAGGUGUAUCUGAGCCUGCCUGGAGGUGUGUCUCUGACAGAGGGUCACUGUCUGAUCACUCCACUGCAACACCACUGCUCUGCCACUGGAUUGGAUGAGGACGUGUGGACCGAGAUCCAGGUGUUCCGCAGGGCGCUGGUGCAGAUGUUUGAGUCUCAGGAUCAGGACUGUGUGUUUAUGGAGACCCACAUGAACCCAAAGAGACGCCAGCACAUGGUCCUGGAGUGUAUCCCUCUACCCAGAGAACUGGGAGACAUGGCUCCGAUCUACUUUAAGAAAGCCAUCAUGGAAUGUGAUGAGGAGUGGGCGAUGAAUAAGAAGGUUGUGGAUCUCUCCUCCAAAGACAUCCGCCACGCUGUGCCGCGGGGUCUGCCAUAUUUCUCAGUAGACUUUGGUCUUCAGGGGGGCUUUGCUCACGUCAUUGAAAACGAACACAAGUUCCCCCACUACUUUGGCAAGGAGAUAGUUGGGGGGAUGUUGGACGUGGAGCCGAGGAUAUGGAGGAAGUCCAUCAGAGAGAACUUUGACGACCAGCGGAAGAAAGUCCUUGAGUUCUCCCAGUGGUGGAAACCCUUUGACUGCAACAAGACGGACAGCUGAACCAACCAACCAACACAUCUCAAUAAUCCCCUAGCCCCUGCAAAUAUACAGUCGAUGUAACUGCAAGCCCUAUGGCGUUAGCCCCGCCUUGUCUUCUGAGACGAAGACUCUGUCUGCUUUGUAAUCCUCUGAUCCUGUCAACACAUUGUUUUACUCUGAGAUUAUUCUGAUUAAAUAUGGGCAGAAGGCCAUAAAAUAACUUUUAAAAGCUGAUGUACAAUUGUUGUGUAUGUUGGGAUAUGUUGUUUUACCCUCUUAAAAAGAAAUGAUUAUGAUG